AUGAGUUCUCUGCCGGAAGUGGACGGAGGUGAUUGGCAGCCCGGGCCCUGGAGACCCGCCCCUUACGGCCAGAGGCAGGAAGCGGACCUUGCGACACCACUUCGCGCGGUAUUUUUGUCCCGGGACUCAAGCCUCGUGGAGCGGUCACGUCGGUUCUCGUGCGGUGGCCCCGUCCUCGGUGAGGCCCGUGGAGGGAGGGCCUUGGGCGCACGGAGGGCGUUAAAGGACAGGUGCGGCCCGGGACCCGAGGGGCUCCGUAGAGAGGCCGGGCCUCCGCUCGUCCGCCCGGCCGCUGGGCCCCGCGCUGAGCCGGGGCGGGAAGGGCGCCGUGCGGGGCGUUGGCGUCCCCUGCGCUGCCCUAGUCAGAGCCUCCGAGUCACCUUCGAGACUUUUCCCCAGAAGGAGGAGAAGCAGUUCCGCUGUGCGAGUCCCGUUGCUCAGGCCCCGCGCCUUCCGGUCCUCAGGACCUGCGACCCCGCCGUGUGCCUGAAAGAAUCCACAAUGAGUGGGAACACUAUGAUUGUGAGCAAUGUGGAAAAGUCUUCAGUGAACAUUCAUGUCUUAAGACACACAGAACUCAGAAUGGAGAGAACGCUCAUGAGGAUAAUCAGUAUGGGAAAAGCGUCCUUACUCUGCACAGGAAAACAUCUACUGGAGAGAAACUUUCUAGGUUGA